UUGGCGCAACGGGACUCCUGGCACAUGUCUCGUUUUGCGGCUUUUGCCCGGCUACUGCGCCGUCUCUGGCCACUGCUUCGCCAGUUGCUGCUGCUAACCAGCCUCAGCUUACCUCCAGCUCUAGCCUUCGCAAUCAGGAAGAUCAUCGGUGCGCGAAGGAGAGCGAUGCCGGAACUGUCCUUCAGCGCCUUCUGGAGAGACGCGAGCCUUGGUCGGCUACAGGAGGUGUUGAUUUCUGAUAAUCACGUGGACGUGAAGCUCAGGGACGGCCUGGUAGUCGGCGAUGGUGGUGGUAGGGCGGGUAGUGCGGCAACGGCAGCUGGAGAGGCGGGCGUUACUAGGUACCGCGCGCGUUUGUUGCCGUUUGUGGACGGCGGAGACUUGGUGGACCUGUUGGCGAAACAAGAUACGGCGUUUGGCGCUAAAGACCCUCCGUGGGGACCGCACCUCAUCACCGGCCUGCUGACCGUGUUGCCCUUCGCCUACAUCGGGAUGGCAGCUAGAGUGCUGACCAAGUCCAACCGUCUCGGCAGGGAUGACGACGGCGUUGGUCGCGCGGUGGCAAGAGGGGGAGAGCUCAUCCGGUCCGUGUCGUUCGCCGAUAUUGCCGGGGCGGACGAGGCCAAGGUGGAGCUGAAGGAGCUUGUGGACUUUCUAACAUUUCCUGCGAGGUACGCGGACAUCGGUGCCAGGCUCCCCAGGGGGGUCCUUCUCUCGGGGCCUUCCGGUACGGGGAAGACCCUGCUGGCGAGGGCGAUGGCGGCGGAGGCGAGAGUCCCGUUCUUCUCGUGCUCCGCCAGCGACUUCGUCGAGAUGCUCGUGGGACGAGGAGCCGCAAGAGUUCGAGACCUGUUUCAGAGGGGUGUUGCAUCGCAACCUAGCAUCAUCUUCAUCGAUGAGCUUGACGCUCUGGCCAAGGUUCGGGGCGGCAUAAACUCUAACGACGAGCGGGAGCAGACCUUGAACCAGCUCUUGACGGAAAUGGAUGGUUUCGACAGCGAGGGGCGGAGCGUGCUGGUGGUGGCAGCCACGAACAGGCCCGAGGUUCUCGACCCCGCUCUCACGAGGCCGGGACGUUUCGACAGGCACGUGACGGUGGGACUGCCGGACGCACCGGGGCGAAGGGCGAUCUUGGAGGUGCACUGCAGGAAGGUGCGGAUGCAGGGGGAACGCCAGGACACCAUCGCUGUGCUGGAGAACAUCGCACGCGUUACAGCGGGCUUUUCGGGGGCGGAGCUCGCAAAUGUCGUCAACGAGGCGGCCAUUCUCGCAGCAAGGUAG